UAAAAUCAACAAGAUGCGCACAGGGCUUGAGAUCCCCUUACGUAAUUCUGGAACAUGAAUUUCGCCGGCAAAGUCGUUCUAAUUACAGGAGCAAGCUCCGGAAUCGGCGCCGCCACCGCGGUGAAGUUCGCCAAGUAUGGAGCUUGCCUGGCGUUGAAUGGCCGCAAUGUGGAGAACCUCAAGAAGGUGGCCGCGGAGUGCAGCAAGGUGAGCCAAUCCCAGCCGGCUCUGGUGGUGGGCGACAUUGCCAAGGAGGCGGACACCCAGCGGAUCUGGACGGAGACCCUGGAGAAGUACGGCAAACUGGAUGUGCUGGUCAACAAUGCCGGCAUCAUCGAAACGGGCACGAUUGAGACCACCAGUCUGGAGCAGUUCGAUCGCGUGAUGAACACCAACCUGAGGGCGAUCUACCACCUGACCAUGUUGGCCACCCCGGAGCUGGUCAAGAGCAAGGGCAACAUCGUGAACGUGUCCAGUGUCAAUGGGAUACGCUCUUUCCCCGGGGUCUUGGCCUAUAACAUAUCCAAAAUGGGCGUGGACCAGUUCACCCGCUGCGUGGCUCUGGAGCUGGCCCCCAAAUGUGUCCGGGUGAACUGCGUGAAUCCCGGCGUGACGGUGACCAACCUGCACGCCCGCGGAGGCAUGGACCCGGAGACGUACAAGAAGUUCCUUGAGCACUCGAAGACUACCCAUGCCCUGGGUCGUCCUGGGGAUGUCAAGGAGGUGGCUGCGGCCAUUGCCUUCCUGGCCAGCGAUGCUGCCAGCUUCAGCACUGGGGUCAGCCUGCCCGUGGACGGAGGUCGCCAUGCCAUGUGCCCACGCUAAGUUUGGAGGAUAAGGUCGAAAGAACUGAAAGACCUGCGUGAACCUUCCAUGUGUAAAUGCAUUUAUAACAUUGUUUGUUGUUAUUCUUUAUUCCUUAUUUUCUUUAUGUAUGUACAUAAAAUGUUUUCCCAUUAGUCCAA